AAUAAGACAGACCCAGUAUUGCAUGGGCGAAACGUGUUGGGAGUUUGGCUUGGUAAGAAUGAAGUUCGCAACCUUUCUCAGGCUGUUCAGCUCAGAUUCAGGAAUAGCAGUGAGAAUGAAAGUGGACUCUGUGUCUACUGGCAUCUCGAUGGAAAUGGCAGAGGUAACUGGAGCACAGACGGCUGUGAGACUAGCAUUGACAACGGAGACUUUGUGUGCAGUUGUAAUCAUCUGAGCUUUUUUGCAGUGCUCAUUAGUCCUCAAAUUCCUGAAGGGUCUCAUAUAAUCCAUCUCAACUACAUUUCAUACGUUGGCUCAGCCCUUUCAAUAGCAUUCACGGCCCUUAUGAUUGUGAUGUUUCUGUGUCAACGGAAGAAGCAAUGCGAGCAUUCAGUCUUCAUUCAUGUUCAGCUCUCGGGUUCCUUAUUCUUGCUGCACAUCUCGUUCUUGUGCAGCGUGUGGUUUUCGGGUGAAGGAGACACUGGCUCAGUGUGUCAGGCUCUAGGACUUCUCCUACACUGGUGUCUUUUAGCCACUUUCACGUGGACAGCCAUUGAGGGCUUUAACCUGUACCUGCUGCUGGUGCGGGUCUUCAACAUCUACAUCAAGAGAUACCUGCUUAAACUAAGUCUGGUGGGAUGGGGUGUUCCCACGUUUAUAGUGAUGAUAUGCGGUGUGACUAAGGCGUAUGGCAAAUAUUCCUUAAGCAUGGAUAAAGAAAACAUGACAGCCACACAUCUAUGCUGGGUGACCACACCGAUAGUGAGCUACAUUACAGUGAACGGUUAUCUGGGACUGGUGUUGCUCUUCAACAUGGCUAUGCUGGCGGUGGUGCUGGGUAAGAUGCGCCAGUUGAGAUCACAGGCUCUUCAGGUUAAAGACCAUCAGAGGAGGGCAUGGAAAGACUGGGUGUCUCUACUGGGACUCUGCUGUGUUCUGGGAGUGCCGUGGGGUCUGGCCUUCUUCACACACGGCCCAUUGAGUCUCACUUCGCUCUAUGUGUUCACCAUUCUCAACAGUUUUCAGGGUAUCUUUAUUUUCAUCUGGUUUUUGACUCUCACGUGUCAAACACGGAAAGAGGAGCAAAUCUCAUCUAAAGGCACCAUUCAGGUCAGCUUCCAGAGCAAUGAAGAAUAUGUGACUACAAGAUAACCAACGGCCUUCUGGAGUUUUAAAGGUGGACCCUCCAUCAAAGCUUCAUGUUUUUCUUUUGUAUUAAUAUUUUACUCAUUUAGAUCUUUGUGAUUUUUAACCUGGGGUCUGCAGAGCCUCGGGGGACUGUAAGGGGGCGCUAUAGGAAAUCUGCAUAUAGAUUUAAUGGGGGGAGAGGCGGGUAUUUAUUUCUAAAUGUUGAUAUAUCCUUUUUUAAUUAAAUUCCAGAAUAGUGUUUUUUCAUUGCCAAUGUCACU